UUUGUCUUUGUCUCUAAUGGUUUAUUCCCUUGUUUCCCUCCCGUACACGCAUAGCUCCUGCCCCCCCGAUGACUCAAGCCCCCGGAUGAACACUAGCAACAGUCAGCCAGUCUGGACAAACAUGGUCGCCGGAACUGAAUGAGCGUUUAGGAAUCUCAGCGCUGAAUAUUCGCUUUAAUAAACGAGGGCUUUUUGACUCAACGCCUGAAGCACGUAAAGUCUCCCCGGAGGACUGGAUUCUCAUCUCGACCAUUUUGCAACCCCAUUUUCUAAAAAAAGGGGGAUACAUUUGACCACUGCAUAGCCUGAAGCUGAAGGCUUCUCGGUGGACAGGACACUAAGAGGGCCAAACAAUGGAAUGCUCUCUCCUGCCUACACUGCUCAGCACUCCACAGACUGAGGUUAAACAGCUUAGUUAGCAGUGUGCCUCUCCCCCAAUAACUCUUUUAGCCUGGGGAAGUUAGGAGAAAAAUAAACGAGCAAAGGAAAAUCAUAGUACAGCACCUUACUUCAGUUAUUUUUAGUUGUUUGUUUGGGAUUUAUUUGGAAGCAUAGUGUGAAGAAACGGCAAGAUGGAUUUGGAACCGUACGUAUGGAUGGUCGUGAUUGGCUUCAUUAUUGCUUUCAUCCUGGCAUUUUCAGUUGGGGCCAAUGAUGUGGCAAACUCUUUUGGCACGGCGGUCGGGUCAGGAGUGGUGACACUGCGCCAGGCCUGUAUCCUGGCUUCCAUAUUUGAGACCCUGGGUUCCAUCCUUCUAGGUGCCAAGGUCGGGGAAACCAUACGGACGGGAAUUAUAGAUGUCCAUCUGUACAAUGAAACAGUGCCUGUGCUGAUGGCAGGAGAGGUCAGCGCCAUGGUUGGGUCUGCGGUUUGGCAGCUCAUUGCCUCUUUUCUGAGGUUACCCAUUUCUGGAACUCAUUGCAUUGUGGGAUCUACGAUUGGCUUUUCCAUGGUUGCUAUUGGCACUAAGGGAGUGCAGUGGAUGCAGUUGGUCAAAAUUGUUGCCUCAUGGUUCAUCUCUCCUCUGCUGUCUGGUCUCAUGUCUGGCCUGCUCUUCUUCUUCAUCAGAUAUUUUAUUCUUAACAAGGAUGACCCUGUUCCCAAUGGUCUCCGUGCUUUGCCCUUCUUCUAUGCCUCAACCAUUGGAAUCAACACCUUCUCCAUCAUGUACACAGGAGCUCCCUUACUUGGCUUGAAGAUGCUCCCUAUCUGGGCCAUUGCCCUCUUUACCUUGGCUGGUGCUCUGGUAUGUGCUGGUCUGGUCUGGAUUUUUGUUUGCCCCUGGAUGAGAAGGAAAAUAGCAAGUCAGCUGAAGAAAGAGCAUGCUCUGUCCCGCAUCUCAGAUGAGAGUUUAGAUAAAAUCCCUGAGGAGGAAGAGGAAGCCCCGGUGUUUAAAGAGCUUCCAGGUGCGAAAAGCAUUAAUGAUGCUGUGUUGCCCCUGACAGAGGAGUCCACAGGAGAGCUCAACAGUCUGGCUAAUGGAGGCACUGUUCUGCCCAACGGCAGGGUGUACGGUCGCACCAACUCCAUGACCAAUGGCUGCCUCAAGUCGCCUGUGUCUAAUGGUGGCUUCAGCUUUGACGGGCACAUGCGCAGUAAUGGUCAGGUCUACCACACUGUUCACAAGGAUUCGGGUCUCUACAAGGACCUCCUACACAAGAUCCACUUAGGCCGACUGGAAGACGAGCGCAGUGCCUCGCGACAGGACAACAACUACCGGCACCUCCGUCGCAACAACAGCUACACGUGCUACACAGCAGCCAUCUGUGGCAUUCCAGUCCAGCCUGUGAUGCGUUCGGAGUCCAGCGCCCCUCCGCCAGAGGACAGCGAGAAGCUAGUGGGCGACAGUGUGUUCUAUUCGAAGAAGCGGCUGCGCUAUGACAGCUACUCCAGCUACUGUAAUGCAGUGGCAGAGGCGGAGAUCGAGGCGGAGGAAGGUGAUGUGGAUGUGAACUUGGCGACAGAUAAAAUGGACCCCUUGGCCCCUGCAGAGGGUGUGCUGGAGGACUGCCCUGAUGAAGAUAAGGAGGAGAAGGACAAGCCUCAAGUCUUCCAGCUCUUCCACUUCCUGCAGAUCCUCACCGCAUGUUUCGGAUCUUUCGCACAUGGUGGGAAUGAUGUCAGUAAUGCCAUUGGUCCUUUGGUGGCCCUGUGGAUGAUCUACGAACAGGGUGGGGUGAUGAUGGAUGCAGCCACACCAGUCUGGCUGCUGUUCUAUGGUGGAGUGGGUAUCUGCACUGGAUUAUGGGUUUGGGGACGACGUGUCAUUCAGACAAUGGGCAAAGACCUCACUCCUAUCACUCCCUCCAGUGGAUUCACUAUUGAACUGGCCUCAGCGCUCACUGUUGUUUUGGCGUCCAAUAUUGGACUUCCAGUCAGUACCACACACUGCAAGGUGGGCUCAGUGGUGGCAGUGGGCUGGAUCCGCUCCAAGAAGGCUGUAGACUGGCGGCUCUUCCGGAACAUCUUCCUGGCCUGGUUCGUCACUGUCCCUGUAGCAGGCCUCUUCAGCGCCGCUGUUAUGGCCCUGUUUGUCUACGGCAUACUGCCUUACGUUUGAGAUGAAGAAUGGGGAAUACAGGGGGGUAUAGGAUGGUAAUGAAGAAAAAAAAAAAAUAUCAAGAUAUAAGGGGACAGCCAGAGGGAGAGGGAGUGUCUUCAAAUGCUGCCUGGAAAAGCAUCCAGAAUCCUUUUACUUAAAUAUCCUUAAUCUUGUCAAAAGUAUUUAUUUCCGUUUCAUUUUUCUUUUGUUUUGUUGAAAUGUUACCAUAAACAUUAAGAUCUUUUGCGCUCAGUGAUAUGAAGUGGUACAUUUCAAAGUUCCAUAAAUGGUUCUCAUUUAUCUGUGGUCCUACAAGUACAGUUUGCACAUGUUUAAGAGAGUAAGCAGAUGGAGAACUGGAUGGAAGUGCACAUACAAGUACACACAUCAAUUAUAUUAAAGCAUACUUGCCCAUCUCGCACAAAGAAUGGGAUUAGAGAAUCCGUUUGAAGGCACAAUUUAUAUUGGCACAAAGUAGUUAUCAACUACUUUUUGGAUCGAUAAAUGUUUAAACCACUAUUUGUUUCCAAAUAUGCUGCACCUUGACUCCCAUUCACAAAAAGGUCAAACUGUAAAUGUCAAAAGUAAAACUGUAAAUAAUUUGUUCGCAAUGACACUGAAAACAUCCUGCUGUUAUGUUAAGUACGUUAGCACUGCGUCGCUAAAAUCAGCUCAGCUGGUAACAUACCUCAGCCGACCCUCUAUUCCACAUAAAGACAAGCUAAUUAACUAAACUGAACUGUGCUAUCUCAUGAUACAUAAAAUAUUAUACGAUUUCUGUAGCGGGUAAUGUGUAAGAAUUCCCUAUUCUUUUAUUAUCAUAUUUAUUUUUUAGAUAUGCUACAUUCAAACCUUUUUAAAACAACAGGUGUGAAGAAAGACAAAAUCAUAUUUUGAAUUAUGUAUGCUACUAUAAUUUCUACUGUGUAUAUAUAUAUAGUCAACUUAUAUUAUUUUUUUUUUUCUUAUUUCAAGGUUUUAUAUUUUUACAAUUAAGGCGAUUUUUGACCAGUUUUGGUAGUUGCGGGAAAUAUAUGCUCUACCAAGCAUAUAAUAAUGAUCAAAGAUUCAAAAAUGUUUUCACUAUGACAAGACACUACAUCCAUAAUCAUAUCAAGGUAUAUCAUGUAUGGUUAUUUAAAAAAAAAAAGAAGAAAAAAAAGGCCAUUUUCAAAAAUAUCUUUUCAUGCUUCCAUUUGUUUAUCCUGAAAAAUCAGUGAGUAAAUUAGGAUUUGAAUCUUUGACAACUUUUUAUGAGGGGAAAUGGGAGCAGAUUUUUAUCCUAAAUGGCACUGUAUCCUAAAUAAGUAAUAUCUGAAGUAUUUAAUUUUGAGUCCUCUUGCAGUAAUUGAAUUUUUAUUCAAACAUAUCCAUAGAUGAUUUAGACCCAUUUAAUUUUUUUCUCUUUUUGUAAAAUUAAUAGCCAAAGAUUCUGAUGAUCUUCAAGUUUAAUUGCAAUAUUCUUUGACAGUGCUCACUAAUUACAUUAUGUAACAGAAUAUGCCAGUCUCUUCAGUCCAGUCAUAGACGUAAGUAGAGCUCUAUGGAUGAUGCCAAUAAUAAUUACUUUAUGUGCCAGAACAGCCAAAAUCCCCAAAUGGGCACACAUAAAAACACAUAAACAUAGACUAACCAACUUCACCCACAUUCCCAUACAUGAUCUCUGGAGAGGCAGUGUUGGAAGCCCAAUGAUGGGCCUGGAUUUUGGUGAAUCCCAUAUCAGAAUCCAGCUACUUGGCUCAGCUUCACUGAUAAAGCCGAGGCAUAUCAGAAAAAAAUAUCAGAAUAUCAGGUCAAUAUAUGAUUCAUUGGCACAAAUGUGCUAUAUAGUUAGAGGUAAACAUGUAAGGAUGAUAAUUUCUGGUCAAAUAUAAAGAAGCAAAAAAAGUGUAAUGGCUUUAGUUUAAAAUAUGGCCAGGCUCACAUAAAUGAUAUUACUACUAGGAGUGGUUUGACAGAUACCUAAAUUUACCAGAUUUGGAAACUGUAUACAAAUGUGUGGCUUUGAACCAAUGCAAAGUGUUGCUGUUUCUUUUUUGUGUGUUCCUGUUUUUAUUUUUUAUCAAGAACAAAUCUAUGCUUAAAUGACCAUUUGCCUUGUAAUGUUGUGCUUUACUGUUUGUUGGAUACAGUAACUUCAGUACUGUGGUGUUUACAUAGUAAUCAUAUUGUAGAAUAACUCAUUGCAGUUGCCUAAAAAUGCCAAUCAAAGACUAACUAUUAAUCACAAAUUAAAUAUGAAAUAACCAGGUAUAGGUGUUUCAUGUCAUUUUGUGUUACGGCAGUGUAAAUCAUCAUGAUCCUGUGUUACCUUACACUGCUACAUGUUGUACGCAACUUUACAUGGUGGAUAUGAUUAAAAUAAUAAUAAAAAUAAUAGAUAUAUAAAUUUCAUUAAACUAUAUUUUUCUACAUAUAUGAGUUCUAACUGGGUUGACUUCUCGAAUUGAGAGUGAACUGGGCUUCAAACAGUCCUGAGCAAAGAAUAUGCUGUAAAAGUAAUUAUUACAAGAAUGCUCAGUGCUAAAUACCACCAACCAUUUUCUUGAGGAUGAUGAUUUUAUCGUAAAAAAAAAAAAAAAAAAAAAGGACAUCACGUAAGAACAGUUCAGCAGGGGUUGAUUCCAUAUAUCCUUUAUUUCUUGCCCAGGGAUGUCUCUCCCUUGUGUCAGAGAGAGAGAGUGGUUGUGAGUUGUUCAAUUUCAACAACCUUUCAUGAUUAUUUUUGAAAAGUAAGGAUAAAUAACUUUGUAAUUUAGUUUCCCUGAAAUGCAAUAUUGAGCUGUGGUCAAUCAGACAUGCACCAGCAAUGGCCAAUUUUUGACAGAUAGGGGCACAGCAAGACUCAAUAAAGGUUAUUACUAACCAGCAUCUAAUGUUUCGCAUCAAGCUGGCAAUUAUAAUCUGCCUUCCUGCUAUGACUUUGUUUGUUUUAUGGCAGUGCAUCACUACGUAUAUAGCGAAAUCCUUCACAUAGACAGUAUGACAUUGGGCUGCAGUAGUUUGGCCGCAGGGUUAGUAUUGAGCUAAACGUAUAGAAAGAAUGGCUAAUUGACCGCUAAUGUGCUCAUAUAUAUAUAUAUAUAUAUAUAUAUAUAUAUAUAUAUAUAUAUAUAUAUAUAUAUAUAUAUACACACACAUAUAUGUAUAUGUGUGUGUGGGGGAAAAAAAAAGUGGAUUCUGUGGCAUGUUAUGUCUGUUUUUGACAGACAUGUGAGGAAGAAGAUGGUUCGACAAAUCCAAAUUGAAUAAAACACAUCCCUAUGUAAGAUUUGGAAACCUGAAAGCAUCCAUUAUAGCUUGUUGUGUUGAUAAGAGGUUUCAUAACUGUUCUUGGCAACCUUGUUACAUUCUUCCGUAUUGUACUAAUAUAAAUUCUGAGAUGUUCUUAUCUGCACUCGAAAAUAGAAUGUAGCCCAAUCCUUUGCUGGCCUGCUGAUUGCCUGCUCUGUGUUGUCUCUAUUGCCAUGAUGUGAACGCUAUGCUGUUAUCUGUCUGGUACCAUCUUUAAAGACAGGGCUUUAGACCUAACAAACCCCCUUUAUCUGCAUAUGUAUUGUAUUGCUGUUUUCUCUGUUUGGAACUUCUUUUUUUAAAGUUGUCUGCAUUAAAUUAUGGGAAUUAAAAUUACAAAGAAUAACAACCUGCCUAUCUCCUGUUUACAUUUUUGAUUGUUGUUUUAAAGGAGUACUUAGUCAUUUUUAGUUUGUUUUGCUGGCUUCAGCAAUGGUUUCACAUUU